UAGAAGAGAAGGACAGCAGCGGUAGCAGCAGCGCGCUGGUGAAAAAAGAGACAGAGAAACAAAAAUCUAACAAUGAAAACGACGAGUGAACGCAUUGCAGUUCACCAGUAACGAAACUAUUCUUUUAAUAGUAAAGUCAAUGACGUAAAACCGUUGAAACGAGUGAUUUAAAGGUUAGCAGCUGGCUAAAGCGAGACAGGGCUGUGUCAUUGAGAAGGCAGGACACGUCAAGACGAGGAAGGGAAAAAAUAGACACUCCUGUCGGAUUAAAUAGCCCCUGUUUAAGAUAUCAAAUCAUCAGUUUAUUUCAGACUCUGCGUUAGUUUUUCGCUGUGAUAAUAACUGGAACGAGUGUCUGUGCUCAGUCAUCGCUUGGAUCAGCCCAUAAGGACAUUGGAAGCAAGAAUAACUGUGUUUGAGCCAGGUUGAACUGGAGAACAUAAAUGGGGGAUUACGGGUUUGGAGUCUUGGUGCAAAACAACACUGGCAACAAGUCUGCUUUCCCAGUAAGAAUUCACCCACACCUGCAACCGCCACACCACCACCAGAAUGCGACCGCAAGCCCCGGCGCUUUCAUAAGCAGCACCCCGGCUGGGAAUGGCAGCAGCAGUGGCUCAACCUGGCUGUUCCCAGCGGCCACCGCUCACAGCAACAUACAAGAUGAAAUUCUGGGCUCGGAGAAGCCCAAAUCCCAGCAACAAGAGCUGCAAGAGACCCCAGAGAAGCAACAGCUCUCCCCCGGCCACCAGGAGAGCAAUAUCAUCUCUGAGUUGGAAAAGGCUCGAUCUGAAGAGAGUAAAGUUGAGAGCGGAUCGUCCGAAGGAACCAACGGCAAGGAGAAGCUGCGUUUAGAGUCCCCCGUAAUGACACCAUUUGACUAUCAAGAACCCUCGGGGCUGGGCACGGCCGCUCAGUCCAGCACCUCCUCUUCCCUGACCAGCUUCAACAACUGGUCGGCUGCUAUUCCCCCCACCCCCUCCACCAUCAUCAACGAGGAUAUGGGUUUCUUCAACCCGGCAGCCUCGGCUAACAAUGGCCCUCUUCUGUUCCAGAAUUUCUCACAUCAUGCCAGCCCAGGCUUCGGGGGCAACUUUUCCUCUCAGAUUGGUCCAAUCUCGCAGCACCCCCCUCCUCACCCCCAUUUCCAGCACCCUCACAGCCAGCACCAGCAGCAUCGUCGAUCCCCGGCCAGCCCCCACCCGCCGCAGUUCCCCCACCGCAGCGCCCCCUUUGGCCAGCUGCCCCAUCUCUCCAACAACAUGAGCAAGCCUCCCUCACCCUGGGGCAGCUACCAGAGUCCCUCGCCCUCACCCUCUUCGACCUCCUGGAGCCCAGGUGGGGGUUAUGGCGGUUGGGGUGGCUCCCAGGGCCGCGAGUACCGCAGAGGCCUGAAUGGUGGCAUGGCGCCUCUAAACUCCAUCUCCCCACUCAAGAAGACCUUCCCCAACAACCACAUUCCCCAGCAGAAGUACUCCCGCACCAGCCCUGGCUUUAACCCCAAGUCCUGGAUGGAUGAGAGCAGAAGCGAGAACGUAUUCCCUUUCCAGGAUCGUCCUCGUUCUUUCGAUGGCUUCAACAUGCACUCUCUGGAGAACUCUCUGAUCGACAUCAUGAGGGCCGAGCAAGACACUCUGAAAGGUCGUCUCGGAUUCACCCAUCCAGGAGGAGACAGCCCUUUGCCCAUAAAUGCAAGGAAUUAUGGGAGGCGACGAGGACACUCAUCCCUGUUUCCCAUGGAAGAUGGCUUCCCAGACGAGGAGAGAGCUGAUCAGGGUCUGCCCGGCCUCGGAUCCCCCCACUGCUUCCCUCACCAGAACGGAGAGAGGGUGGAGCGCUACUCUCGCAAAGUCUUUGUGGGUGGCCUCCCCCCUGACAUAGACGAAGAUGAGAUAACUGCUAGUUUUCGUCGCUUUGGGCACCUGUUUGUGGACUGGCCUCACAAAGCAGAGAGCAAGUCAUACUUCCCCCCGAAAGGUUACGCGUUCCUCUUGUUUCAAGAUGAGAGCUCUGUUCAGGCUCUGAUUGAUGCCUGUAUCGAGGAGGACGGAAAGCUCUACUUGUGUGUUUCCAGCCCCACCAUUAAAGACAAACCUGUCCAGAUUCGUCCAUGGAAUCUUAAUGAUAGUGAUUUUGUGAUGGAUGGAUCACAGCCCCUGGACCCCAGGAAGACCAUAUUUGUGGGUGGAGUGCCGCGGCCACUUCGUGCAGUGGAGCUGGCGAUGAUCAUGGACCGGCUGUAUGGUGGUGUGUGCUACGCAGGCAUUGACACAGACCCAGAGCUGAAAUACCCCAAGGGAGCAGGGCGGGUCGCCUUCUCUAAUCAGCAGAGCUACAUUGCUGCUAUCAGUGCUCGCUUUGUACAACUGCAGCAUGGAGAAAUCGAUAAACGGGUGGAAGUGAAGCCAUACGUCCUGGAUGACCAGUUGUGCGAUGAAUGUCAGGGGACUCGCUGCGGAGGCAAGUUCGCUCCUUUCUUCUGCGCUAACGUGACCUGUCUCCAGUAUUACUGUGAAUACUGCUGGGCGGCUAUCCAUUCGCGCGCUGGCCGGGAGUUCCACAAGCCCCUGGUGAAGGAGGGCGGCGACCGACCUCGCCACAUCUCCUUCCGCUGGAACUAACGCUGAUAGGCCAGAAGAGAGAGGGAUAGAGAGGAGGGGGAGAGUAGGCUAGGAGUCGUCGCAAAUCAUCAUUUAAAUAAAUGCACUUUUCUGUUGCUGGUUCCUUUUUAGUUUAAUUUAAAAAAAAAUAUUUAAAAAAAAAAAAGGAAAAAAAUAAUUUGACAUUUAAUAUAUUUAAAGAAAAUGGAUGUGUAUCCAAAAAAAGAUUCAGGAUGAAAAUGUCUAAUCCAUCUCUCUAUUUUUUAUAACUUCAUUAUAUUUUAUUUUCAAGUGCACAGAGAUGUGAAUAUAUUGAGUAUUAGUAUAAUUUGUCAGUAAAUAUCUGCAUGACUUUAGAAUUGGCUUUUUGUUAACAUUGCAGUUGGAAGUAUUACGUCCUAUUUUAACUAAAUCGGAAAAGACGUGAAAAGAAUAGUUGCGAGAAGAGUGCACUUAUUUCUUUGCAACCCAGAGUGCAGAUGUGGUUUAAGAUCUCAGUUGUUAACCAAAGCUUGGGAUAUGAUAACAGAAGAAGCUAAUUCUCUCAACGCUCUGUUUUUGUUGUUUGUAAUUUAAGACCAUUUUAAUCUUUGUUUCCUGACGACAACAACUGAUUUCACAACAGCUGUCUGGAUUUGAUCUCCAUUUUGCAAAACAUGCAAGAUAACUAAUACCUCAAGCUUAGCUGCUAGUUUAAGUCAAAUAUAUAUAUAAUAAAACAAGCUGGUCUCCCCCUUUCCCCCAGGACCACAGAAAAGGAAAAUGACAUUGGCAAAAGGCACAUUGAGAAAAUCUGCUCUGUCACUUCCUGGUUCGAUACUUGGUUUCCAACAGUGGUUGGGAAACAGCAUCCUAGUGGGGAAUGUUUGUUGUUAAUGUUGCUGUAGUCUGCCUGCAAGUUGGUUUAAAUGCAAGGAACUUUUCAUCAUUUCUGGUCCAGCUCAGCUCAAAGCAACGGUCGUUCUCUCAGGCUGUCAGCGGCAAGCCUUUGUGUUUUUCGUUCAACUCGCAAUAUGUGUUGUAAGCCUUUACCCAGCCCAUAUACAGCGAAAGCUCCUUUUAAAGGGAUAGCUGACCCAAAAAUGAAAAUUCUGCCAUCAUUGGGCAAUUCCUUUAAGAAAGGAAGAAUGAUCAAACAAUAUACCUCCUGUCCUGCAGCAGCUGUGCCCACUCAGCCUGAGUGUGAAGCAUAACUGAAGGUAGUCCAUGCAUCUCUCCACUCACAUGCCCCUUUCCCCCCAACACUCACCUCAAACAUUAAAGGUUUUACUUUCAGACAUUAGGGAACCAAAGAUGGCUGUGUAGUAGCUAGUAAAACCAUGGAUGUUUCUUUUUUUCUACCACCCUUCAAAUGAAAACCUUUUCAUUUUAGUUUUUUAUUUUUGCCCCCAACCCUUUUCCCAUUCAAUAUAAAGACCAGAUGGGCUCCAGCAAACCAAAGAUUGGCCUUGAAUUGAUCAGCAUGCAGUUAAAGUCAUAGUAACACUAGUGAAAACCACUGAACCCAGUGUAUACUGGCCUUUUCGCAAGUCUACCCGCUUUUCCAAAGGUCAAACAAAGGCUUAUUUAGUUCAUCCGUCGGGUAUUGUCAAGGAGUUUAUGCCAGGCAUCAGGUUUUGAAAUGUCAAGUUUUAAACACUCGCAUCCAAUUCUGUAGAGCAUCUUAAUCUACUAGCGUUAAAGUCAGGGAGUUAGUGAUCAAUUUCAACUUGAUACACUAGUGAGAAAUGUAUCCUUGUGUUGGCUUGAUGGUGUUCUAAUGCACCCGUUCAGCACUACUAUCACUUGAGCUUUAGGGUGUGGUGAUUGAACAUUUUAGAAGUUAAACACUUUUUGAAUUUACUGUUAAUGAGAUGGCAAAAAUAUAUUAUUAUUUUAUACAUGGCCUGCUGAUUUUUGGUACAGUGUUUUCUAGCUAAAUUAUUUUAUCAUGCACAUAUAAACAUUUAUGCACUACUUUUCUAAAUAUUUUUUCUCCCAACAGUCAUUUUAGGCACAUUUUUCACAAAUGGAAAAACUCCUUUUUGCAAUACCUCAAUUUUUCACAUUGUGAAAGGUAGCUUUUGUACUUUUGUUACUGAGAGAUCUGCAUAUAGGGAAAUUUUCAUUUUAAGAGCAAAAAAAAAAAAAGUUGAGUGACUUUAAUAAAUAUUAUUUUCAAUUAUGCUUUUGAUACAUUUCAGUGCUGAGGAAUCUUUACAGCUAAGCACACACUUGUGUUGAUGCGACAGAUCUGCAGAGGAGUGAUCAGUGUAUUAUUGCUUAAGGUCUUGGCUCUUGUACACUAGAUUAAAAAUAGAUUUAAAACGUCUGACAGCAGCAUGGCAAGAACACGGUGUCAUUAUUGUUAAUAUUGCGAAAAACGGCUAAACAUAAACUUGUCUCUUUGGUUUCCUCUCCGUAGCUGGAAUAUAAACUAUAACAAUAUAAGGAGAAUGCUAAAUCUGAUUCAUGUUUAGGCUGAUCCUCGUAUCACAAGAAUGGAUGUUUGAUGUUUAGAUAUUUUACCAUUUGAAAAUAUAUAUUCCUGAACUGCCAACUAGUUCCUAUUGUAAUCCUUAGCAUGCAUGAGAGAAAAAAAACAUACAUGAAUUAGCUAUUGAAAUUAAUUGUUGUGAUUGUGCACCAGAUGUUUCUAAACUUUUAAUUUGUGAAGGCCAUCCCACACCCUGCACCCUUCCUAUGUUAUUCUCGAUGAAUUCCCCAUAAAUCAGUAUGGGAAAAAAAUGGAAAUUCACGAGAUGAAAUUGAAAUUUGCAGUGCAGGACGAGAGCAUCAUCUUCUAGUACGCUGUUGAAAAGACUUGAGAACUUAAUCCCCACUCUCUGUUUGAAGUAAAAUCUAAACCCGUUUGUUCGGAGGAAGGGGAACUUGAGACUUGAAUGUGGUAAAUGUUGCAAGUUAACUUGGAGUUGUUAUGUGCAAUACUUUUUUUGAAAUUUUCCAGAUAAAGACUCUUUGCAAUGUAAUUCUUUAAUGCCAUUUUUAAUUGCAGACAUUUAAAGAAGAUGUUAAUAUGUUUUUCACAGUCAUUUUCUACUGUUAUUGUAAUCCUUUUCAUGCUGGUGUUUGUAAAAAAAAAGAAAGCAAACUAUUUGUACUAAUAUAAAUAAUUGAAGUUAUUUUUUAAAACAUUAAAGGUUUUGUGCUCAUUUGCUUAUUUUGUUUAUUUCAAGCUACUGUGAUUGAUUGCAUUGUAAUUAUUAGGUCAACAAUGUAUUUAGCUGUUUAUUGGUAUAUUUUUAAUUGGAAUGUAUAAUUAAUUUUUAUAAUUUUGAUCAGAUUUUUGUUAUAUUUUUGAGGUGAAGCUUUUAAUAUGUUAAAGUGUCUAGUUUUUACUAAUUGCUAUAUUGUGCUCCACAAUAUAUGGUUCACAUUUUUCUGAAGGAAAAUAAAUAUUUAAAUAUCUGUCUAUUAAUGAUGUUACUUAAUGGCAAAAUUUCAAUAGUUUUUAACUGUGUAUGGGAAGGUUGUUGUAUUUAUUAAUAGCAUUUUUUACUUAAGAUAUCACCUUAAUUUUUAUUGUCAUUUCACUUUAUAAGUUCCUAUUUUUGUAUUUUUCUUUCUAAUUAAGUUAUGUUAUACGAAAUGUCCAUAUUCUAGGAGUUGGUCUGUAAGUGCUAGUGAAGCAAAAAGAAAAAUCUAAUGUUAUUUAAUUGUUUGCAGCCAACUAUUUAUAACAAUAUGAAUAAUUUUUAAAUAUUUGUAAUGUGAAAUGUUGAAUGAAUAAAACUUAACUGUG